AAGGACCAGGGCAAGAUGUUCAUUGGUGGCUUGAACUGGGAAACGACCGAGGAGAGCAUGAAGAACUACUUCUCGCAGUUUGGCGACGUGAUCGACCUGACUAUCAUGAAGGAUAACGCGACAGGGCGGUCGCGCGGAUUUGGCUUUUUGACAUUUGCUAGUUCAAGUAGUGUUGACGAGGUUUUAAAAAAAACACACGUUCUAGACGGCAAGCUUAUCGACCCUAAAAGAGCCAUCCCGAAAGAGGAGCAAGACAAGACAGGCAAGAUUUUUGUCGGCGGCGUGGCUCCAGAGGUCACCGAGGCCGAGUUUACGGAAUAUUUCCAACAGUUUGGUAACAUUAUUGACUCGCAACUGAUGCUCGACAAGGACACUGGCCGGUCCCGAGGAUACGGAUUUGUGACGUACGAUUCUCCCGAUGCCGUUGAUAGAGUGACCCAGAAUAAGUACGUGCUAUUUCAUGGUAAAAACAUGGAAAUCAAGCGGGCAGAGCCUCGUAAC